AGGGUGCAGUAAUUAUCCUUUGAGAGAACAUCUUACGUGCGUCUUCUGUGACCUAUCGAAUUGCGCCAACUUUUUACAAGUUAGACUGAACAAAACUGUACAUUGUCAUUUGAAGGAGGAGUGCAGCUCAUCAGCAUUUACAAUUUCGGACCCGACCCUGGCCGAACGAAGAUGGACAGCACGCGGCUUUUGGCAUUUCCAGUACUCUUGGCGUUGUUGCAUCCUUCACCCACAGCUUCAGUCACUGUGAGCACCAGCAAGGCAAAGGUGGUGGCCCAUGAGAACUCCAAUGCUGUCCUGUCCUGCGAGUUCAAGACAGAGAAAGACCCCAACCCUCGCAUUGAGUGGAAGAAGAACGGGAAGGGGAUCACUUUUGUUUAUUUUGAGGGCAAUUUCAGAGAGCCCUAUGCAGGUCGAGCCACCAUUGACGGCGCUACAGUGACACUGCACAGCGUUGCCCAGAAGGACACAGGGGUGUACCGCUGUGAGGUCACCGCCAAGAUGGAUCAUGUCCCUUUGGGAGAGAUCAACGUUACCCUCAGUGUACUAGUGCCUCCUCACACCCCGUCCUGUGAGGUUCCUGAGACUGUACUGAGUGGCUUUGCUGUGGAGCUUCACUGCAAGGACAAACUGAGCGUCCCUGCCGCCACCUACAGCUGGUACAAAGACAACAAGGCCCUGGCCGGGGGACACACACCGGACAGCCACUACAGCCUGGACACACACACUGGAACACUGAAGUUUAAAGCUGUUUCGAAAGCUGAUGCUGGAAAUUAUCGCUGUGAAUCCUCCAACGAUGUGGGCCCCCCCAAAAGCUGUCCAGGACACAAAAUGGAAGUCAAGGAGUUUGAGCUGAGUCUGCCGUUGCUCAUCGCUGUUGGGGUGGGUGCGUUCCUCCUGCUGGUCCUGUGCUGUCUGGGGGCGUGCCUCUGCUACAGACGGGGCUGCUGCUGCUGCUGCCGCCGGCGCAAGCCCAUUGAGAACAAACAAAGACGAAACUACCCCAACCACAGCCCACCAAUGCAAGACCCGAGAUUCUACAAACACACCAAGUCCUUCAUGAUAUAAUCAUGUGCCUUUGCCAAAAUACUGGAAUACAGAGGUGGAGUCGACCCAAUUCUUCUUUUGAAUUAUUCUGCACUAUAGACUAUAGAUGGGGAUGGUGGCCUCCAAUGAACUCUCACUUUAUCCCCGAGUGCGACUGUCCACAAUGCCCCUCUUGGCCCGCUUUUUGAUAGCUUCUUGAAAUUGUGCUCUUUUCCUCCCUCUAGUGUCAGACUAUGAUAAGGCAUGUCAAAUCUCAAGAUCAGUCACAUUCAGGUCAUCUAAAACCUCUAUGCAAGUCUUGCCAAGAACCCCUGAAAUGCACUAGUUUUUUUUAUAUAGAAGUUUAUCAAAUAUUUGUUUGUAACUGGCCAGUUUUAUAUGUCAAAACUUUUCUAUUAAAUAACAUUUGGAUAUGAAGAUGAGGUUGGUUUCCAG